ACAGGAAUCAUGGCGGCGCGCUGAACAACAAUCACUUUCAUGUUGACUGAGUGAAUGAGUGACGGAGCUGUGACGUGUUCAUCAGUGACUGAGUGAAUAAAUGAGUGAGUUUAAACCCUGCAGCAUGUUACUGAGUGAAGGAGUGAGAUAACAGUGUUCCAAACACAACACUCACUCAACAACAAUCACUCAACAACAAUCACUCAGUCAUCCAGCAUGUUCGGGGAUCUGUUCACAGAGGAGGAGGACGACGUGUGGACAACCAACUCCAGCAGCAGCACCAGCACAGCAGGGAAGGUGUGUGAGCCUUCACCCGGUCGAGGAAAACUGAAGCUGGGUGGCAUCAAAAAUCAGGGAUCAACAUGUUACCUCAACUCACUCCUACAGACACUGUUACACACCCCCGAGUUCAGAGAAGAACUGUUCAGACUGGGACCGGAUGAACUCGGUCGGUUGGAGGAUAAAAACAAACCUGAUGCUGAAGUGCGUGUGAUUCCUCUGGAGCUGCAGAAUCUGUUCACUCGGUUGUUGUUGCUGGAUGAACAGAACACGACGACCACCGCACUGACCGAGAGUUUCGGCUGGACCAACCACGAGCAGGGAGCUCAGCAGGACGUUCAGGAGCUGAACAGGAUUUUGUUCAGUGCUCUGGAAUCGUCUCUGGUUGGAACUUCAGGCUCCUCUCUGAUCCAGAGACUCUAUCAUGGAACCGUCAUCAACAUCAUCACCUGCUCCCAGUGCCACCACACCAGCCAGAGACAGGAGGAUUUCCUGGACCUGACCGUGUGUGUGCGGGGUGUGAGGAGCCUGGAGGAGGCGCUGUGGAGCAUGUUCAUCCAGGAGGAAACCUUCGAGGGAAACAACCUGUACCGCUGCAGCGGCUGUGAGAGACUGGUGCACGCCAGCAAGACAGCGAAGUUGAGGAAGCUCCCCCCGUUUCUCACCGUGUCUCUGUUGAGGUUCAGUUUUGAUUUUGGGAGGUGUGAGAGGUUCAAAGAGACGAGCAGGUACAGCUUCCCCCUCCACAUCAACCUGCACCCCUACUGUGAUCAGUCGGACCUGUCAGAUUCAGAGUUCUCCUAUGAGCUCUUCUCCAUCAUCAUACAUAAGGGCGGAUGUUAUGGAGGGCACUACCACGUCUACAUCAAAGACAUCGACCAGCUCGGCCACUGGGAACCACCGGUGAGUGGGCGGGAGGAGGAGGUGAAGGAGAGGAAGCAGAAGGUUCACGUGAAGCAGAAGAACGUGAGUGUGUGUGAGGUUACUGUGGAGAAGGACGAUCCACUAUCUGCUCUCACUGCUGUACUAACUCAGGAAGUGGGCGGAGUCUUGUUGGAUCAGCUUGGUCAGAAGCUGAUGGAGAAAAUCGGCUGUUCCUGGAAUAAAAAGUUCAAGAAGCAGUUUGGACCAAUCAGAAAGUUUGUGCAGAAUCACCCGGACGUUUUCGUGAUGGUAUCUAACGGUUCCCGCGUGACUCUGAGGAACUCAGGAGAAACACCUGAGCAGGGGGCGGAGCCAGAGGUCACGAGAGAGAAGGUGCAGGAGGAGAUGGAGGUGGAGCCAGACCCAGACCCAGGUCCGGGGGCGGAGCCUGCGAGUGGCCGAUGGUUUGAUCUGAACGACUCGGUGGUGACACCGAUCAGAGAGAGUGACAUCACAAAACAGUUUGAGGGGAAGGAGAGCGCCUACAUGCUCUUCUACAGGAAACAGAACCUGCAGCGCCCCGCCCACGCGCUGGGUAACCCUGCGUAUGGAGUUCCAGAUCACCUGCUGCAGAUGAUCCAGGAGGAGAACCUCAAACUCCAGGAGAGAAGGGCGGAGUUCGAGCUGAGCAGUAACAGUGUUGAUAUUCGGCUUCACUUCGCUCCACAUUACUUGGUUCAGAACGGAGCGCUGCAGCCAAUCAGCACUCAGACCAACGACCACACCCUCACUCUGACCUUCGACCGCCGGAGGACGGUGGGAGACCUGCGAUUGGCUGUUUACCAGAUGCAGGACCAGUGGGAGGGUGACAUGAUACUGACCAUCGCUAAGAACCUGCCAGCAGGACUACACCUGUACAACACACUUACAGAUGAUCAGAAGUCUCUGUACAGUGCUGGCGUGUGUAACAACUCUGAUUUGUUUGUGUGGAAUGGAAGAGAGGUGAACGGAGUGUGUGUACAGACGGGCGCUGACUCUGAGCCGUUGCUGUUAAACAUCCUGAGCCCUGAUUGGGCGGAGCCGGUAUCAGACCACGUGGCUGAGAGCGACGUGGUGGGCGGAGCCUCAGAAGACGACGGUCUGGUGCACGUGAUGCGUGGUUUUUCGGGAGGGUCGACUCUCGGGGGCUUGAGGGACGUCCUCGGCACUCGGGACGCUCUGGUGUGUCAGGAGGCGAAGGGUGCAGGACCGGGCGGAGGGGGAGGAGCCAGCAGGUGGAAGGUGUGUUCACCUGAAGCGAUGAGGAGAACUCUGAAGGAGCUCACGCUGAGGGACGGGGAUACACUCCUGCUGCUCCCGUACACACACCUGAACAACAGUGUGUUCAGUGUGAGUGGGGAUGUGGUUACCGUGACGACGCCCUCCGACUGUCGCUGGGUGCAGGUUCAGUUUCACUCGGAGGAGGAGGAGGAGGAGAGAGCGAUGAAGAUCCCUGCUUCAGGAAAUACACUGGUUGGAGAGGUGAAGCAGAGGGCGCUAGAGGAGCUGCAGUUGCAGGAACACUUCAGUGGUGCUGAGUGUUGUUUGAGACAGAUUGACCAAACAGGAAAACUUUUACCUCCAGUGCGUGAGGACCUGACUGUGCGUGAUGCAGGUAUUAAGUUGAUGACAUCACUGUGUCUGUGUCCUGGACACGCCCCCACAGCCUCACAGAUGUUUUUGUUCUACAGAGUGGCGCCCCCUGCUGGACCUGAGUUUGAGAUUGUUGUGGAGGAGACGCUCACAGUGAGAGAGUGUGUGACGGUGAUGCUACAGGCCGCUCAACUCGAUGGAACGAGCUGGCACCUGUGCAGGAUGGACUGGUGUGAGGAGGUUGGCGAGCCCCUGAUGGAUGAGAAUGUGUCUCUGGUGGAGGUGGGCGUGGCUAAUGGAGAUACACUGGUGCUGGCUGAGGGACAACUUCCUCCAAAGGGCUUUGUGAAGCUGGCAGUCAGCUGGUUGGUGGAUGGAGGUGAAGGUUGUGAGCUCAACCAUGCAGCACCGACACACACUGCAGCUUUACAGAUGAAGUGUGUUGGUUAUGUUGAGAUAUUUGAAGAAGCUUCACUCCAGGAACUCAAGUGUCAGGUGCUGACUUUACCUGAACUGGUUUCUGUUUCGGUUCCAUCGUCUGAUUUUUUGCGUGUUUGGUUGGUGGAGGAAAAGAAGCUGAGCAGAAUCAUCAGAGGAAACCAACACACACUCAGGAAGUUGAAGUUAUCUACAGGAUGUGAGGUGUGUGUUCAGAAGCUGCAGUGUGAGGAGAACCUCGGGCUGAAGGAUGUGCUGCUGCGUCUCCAGGUGGGUGUGGCCAAAGAGGAUGUGGGCGGAGUCGAGGACAACGCCUAUUUUCCCAUUCACGAGUUUGUAUGGGAGGCUGGGUCAGACUCCUCCCCUAAGGGGCUGUACCAAGCUGUCUCCGCCCACUGUGGAACCUCACCUGAGAACCUGCUGCUCGCCAAGUACCUUCCUGAGCAGCACACCUGGAUCCCCAUUGAAUUAUGGACACAGUCGGUGUCCAAGCAGAAGAAGAAGAAGCAGAAUAAGAGGAGCGGUAAUAAAGGAGUGAACCUGCUGGUGGCGCCGCACUGCCUCAGAGACGGAGACACAAUAACAGUGAAGAAUCUGCUGAUUGAUGGAACUCCAGACUUUGGUACCACGAAAGAUGGAGGAAAAACACUCGGGGAAGAAACACAGCAAGGGGGGCGCAGUGAGAGCACACAGAGGAGUAAAGGGAAGAAGAACAGGAAGCCAGAAGUGGCCUUGUCGAUUAAUGUGGGCGUGUUCAGGUAGCCCCACCCGCCGCAAAGCCACACCCCUACCUGGAAGCGCCCCCUGGUGCCGAGAGAGAGAGUCUGCCAAACUGGCACUGCACAUGCUGCUGCACUGUGGCGAGAGAUGCCCCAUCUCAAAGGAUCAUGGGUAAUGUUUUGGGGAGGUGAGGUCGGGGGUCAGAAGUUUACAUACACCUGGAGUUCAUGGUAGUGUGGAAUGGUAAUCUGUGACUGAAUGUUUGAAACACGAACGUCUUUAGUAAAAUAAAGCAGAAUACUACCACCACCGUGCUUUACAGUAGGUACAAUGCUGUUGGGAUUAAUACAAACAUAAGAACUCAAUCUGACCCCAAAACUCGUUCAUGUGAUGUAAUAAAACCUCAUUUAAACUUUAAUGUGCUGAGUUUGGAGCAGAAUACUACCACCACCGUGCUUUACAGUAGGUACAGUGCUGUUGGGUUUGAUACAAACGUAAUAAUAAACGUAAAUAACUUUAAUGAGCUGAGUUUGGAGCAGAAUCGCGGGUUUUGCGCGUCAGCCUUUAAGCCCCUGCUGCUGUAAAGCUUGCUCGACUGUGGACAGAGCCACGUGUGUACCAGCAGCUUCUGGUUUCUGGUGUUUUAAUGGUUCCUUGAUCACGUCUGAUACUCCAGACUGAAGUCCUUGUAGCCUGAGGUGACGGUUUGGGUUUUGUUCAUGACCUUGGCGGAGAGACCACUGUUCCACAGACUUUGUACCCAUGUACAGAUGAUUUCAGUUCUUCAAUAUGUUUUUUUGAGCUCUGUACAGAGCUUCCAGAACGUAUUUAUAUGGGCACAGAGAAUCAGCAGCAGAGGUUUGUUUUAAACAUUCAGUCACAGAUGAAGCAGCUGCAGGAACCUCAGGAUGGACCCGGACCUCACCAGUGUGUGUAAACCCAGUGCUCUGUGACACGCUGAGGAUUGUGGGUAAUUUGCGGUGUGUUUACACUGAUCCACACAGAGCUUCAUUCAAUGAGCUUUAAGACCAGUGACAUCAUCGACACCAUCACCAUGGACACCAAGCCUCCAUCAUCCAGUGUAUCUGUACCGUGUGUGUGUGUGUGUGUGUGUGUGUGUGUGUGUGUGUUAUAAUGAAUCAUGGUAACGAUCUGAUUUGAUGAUUUGAAUCGUGUUUGAUGAUGAGACGGUUUGAUUAGAUUUGAUUUCUUUUGAUAAACGAAGAUUUAAUUCUGAUUUAAUUUGAUUUGUUUAAAUAAAAUAAAAAUAUAAUUUUGAUGAAAACUGAAUAAACUGUUAUGUUUUAUUUUAAUAAAAAUUGUUUACAGUC